AUGGCACUCUCCGAUGUCAUACCUCUUUGGGGGCUUGGCAAUGAGAGCAAUGCAAAGAACAGGGACGAGAAGGCGCUAGUUCUGGCCCAAGUAGUUGGUUGUAAGACAUCUAGAGAGGUAUGGGAUCGACUUCAUGUUCUCUUUUCAUCUACCAGUAAAACUCGAAUCCAUGAUUUGAAAUUAGAAUUAGCUUAUCUAAAGAAGGGUAUUCUCACUAUCACUAAUUAUGUUCAGAAAAUUAAAAGUUUAUAUGAUGCUUUAGCUGCUUCUGGACACUUUCUCAUUGAUGUUGAUCAAAUUCAUUAUCUUCUUGGUGGUUUACUUGCUGAAUAUGAUACCUUUGUGCUCUCUAUGACUAUUAGACUAGAUAGUCUUUCUUUUGUUGAAAUUCAAAGUCUGUUACUUACCUUUGAAAAGCGCUUAGAGCGCCACUCUUCACAAUCUGUAUUGGAUUUUCCUUCUGCUAAUUUGUCCAAUAAAAAGAAAACCUUCAAUCACAAUCAGUCCUCUUCUUAUAAGCCUCGACAAUUUAAUAAUGAUGGUAGUUCUGACAACUCCAAGAAAAUUUCCUAUAAUAACAAUAACCAUAGCAAAUCCAAUUCCAAGAACGUCAUUGUAGUUUGUCAACUUUGUGGGUAUCCUAGCCAUACAGCAGCUACUUGCCGCCGUUAUCUAGAACUCACUACCAAUAAGCCUACCAAGCAAGCUCAUACAACCUCAUCUUCACGAUCUACUCAUGAUGAAAAUCGGUAUCCUGAUUCUGGAGCAACCAAUCAUAUGACUUCAGAUCUUGGGAAUCUCUCUCUUCAUGAUGAAUAUCAUGGAACAGAUCAUAUCCUGAUCGGCAAUGGUACGGGUCUAGACAUUUCUCAUAUUGGCUCUUCUAUUUUGAAUAAUGAUUCUGGGUCCAUUGUCUUGAAAAAUAUUCUCAAAGAGUUCCUAAUAUAUCUAAGAACUUACUCUCUGUCAGCUAGUUUUGUAAGGAUAAUAAUGCAACUUUUAUUUUUGACGCUAUUGGCUUCUCUGUUAAGGACAAAGCGACUGGGAAAACUCUCCUCCAAGGGCCGAUUAAGGGAGGGGUCUAUCAACUAA